AUGGGGAGAGAUCCAACAGGCCUCUUGCGCAGUUCACUAGGGGCAGCAAGGAGGCGCCUCCUGCCCACCUCACUACCCACGCCGCGCACCAUCAACAGAGUAAAUUACCUGGUCUCACACUCACUCCAACAACGCCGUGCCUUUGCAGACGUCAAACGGCCCUCGACCGCGCCAAAACCCAUCAUCGACAUCAGACACAUCAGAGAGAACCCGGAACUGCACGAGCAAAACUGUCUCGAGCGCAACUACAUCCAACAGAGCAAGGGCCCCGCUCGCAUCAACGAAAUCUUUACGCAAUGGCAGGCCCUGCAAAAGGAUAGCCGCGCCGUUCGCGAGAGGUCGAACCUGUUGCGCCGCCAGAUCGCCAAUCCGGCGUCCACCAGCGGCGACGACAAUGCAGAAUUUAACGACAUCCGGGGCAAGACCCGCGAAGAGCUGCUGGACGAAGCCCGCGUGCUCAAGCAGAAGCUCGCGGCCGUGGAGCAGGACGAGGUCAAGCUCGUCGAGGAGAUGGAAGGGCUCGCCCUCGCCAUCCCCAACCUCACCAGCGACGUCACCCCCGUUGGCGACGAGCCGCGGCUGCUGAGCUACAUCAACGAGCACCCCCACGAGACGCCCAGCGCCUCGGACAAGGUGUGGCGGUCUCAUGUCCACAUCGGCUCGGAGCUGGGCCUCCUCGACUUCGCCGGCGCGGGCACCGUCUCGGGCUGGGGCUGGUACUACCUCCUCGACGAGGCCGCGCAGCUGGAGCAGGCCCUCGUGCAGUACGCCCUCGCCGUCGCCACGCGGCACGGCUGGCGCCAGGUCGCACCGCCCAGCGUCGUCUACAGCCACGUCGCCGCCGCCUGCGGCUUCCAGCCGCGCGACCAAAACGGCGAGCAGCAAAUCUACAGCCUCGCGCAGUCCGCCGCCGACGUCGAGCGUGGCAAGCCAGAGCUCUCACUCGCCGGUACCUCGGAGAUCCCGCUGGCCGGCAUGAAGGCCGAGACGACCCUCGACGCCACGGAGCUGCCCGCGAAACGCGUCGCCGUCUCCCGUUGCUACCGCGCCGAGGCCGGGGCCCGCGGCGCGAGCACAAAGGGUCUUUACCGCGUCCACGAGUUCACCAAGGUCGAAAUGUUCGCCUGGACCGCGCCCGACGCCGACGAGACGGUCGACGUCUUUGAGGAGAUGCUCGACAUCCAGACCGAGAUCCUUGGGUCCCUGGGCCUGCACUGCCGAGUCCUCGAGAUGCCGACCGCCGACCUCGGCGCCUCCGCCGUACGCAAGUGCGACAUUGAGGCCUUUUUCCCGUCUCGCCAGGAGCAGAACGACGGCUGGGGCGAGGUCACGUCCGCCAGCAUCUGCACCGACUACCAGACGAGGAGGCUCGCCACGCGGGCAAAGAUUGACGGCAAGCUUACCUUCCCCUGGACCGUCAACGGUACUGCUCUCGCCGUCCCGAGAGUGCUGGCUGCGCUCUUGGAAGCUGGAUGGAAUGAGCAAGAAAUGUCCGUCUCCAUUCCGGCUUGCCUGCAGCCGUGGAUGGAUGGAAAGGAGAAGAUUGUUCGCAAGACUGUUUCAUAG